AUGAUGCCCACCAUCAAAUGUGAGGUGGCGGGGAAAACAGUACCACCGCCGUUUCUCAUCGACGUGUCGAAGCUGGAAUACAAGGAGCCAUUCAACUCUAUCAUGCUCAAGGAUAUCGCACACCUGCUGCCGGAGGACGAAAGCGUUAUGUUCCACCGGUCGUACAACCCGGAUACGCAAGAGGUUGUCUGCACGUACCAGACGGGCACUCUGCCAGAGGAGCCGCUGCCGCCGGACUACGUCGACCCCAACUUCCUGAACAAGAAGGGGAGACGCAUCCACUUAACGUACAAGGGAUUCUUCCCCAAACAGUAG